GACAUAAUUUCGGAAUGUACUUGGAUUCCUGAAAAGGGAAGGUAAAGUUAUUCCCAAAAUCCCGUAUAUCCAAAAAUAAUUCAUUUUUUGAAAAUCCUUUCGAAAAGUUAUGCGGAAUCAAAAAAUAUUUCGCUACGAUCGAAUAACCGAGAACAAAGUUACGUUCGUUUAAAGUUUCGACGCAGGUUAGGCCUUCACCGCGGCAGUGUAAAGCGGUGAAGUAUUCACCGCAUUUCUCUAUAGCGGUGAUGCAAUCACCGCCUUCCUCUACAACGGUGAUGCAAUCAUUGUCCAAUCACCGCUCUCUUCUUAUGCGGUGAUUCAAUCACCGCCUUGCUCUGCCUCGGUGAAUACCUAAACAUGCGUAGAUUGAGAAUUUUUUUCAUAACGUGUGUAUUUUGAGAAUUUUUUUUAAAACAUGUGUGACUUGGGAAACUUCACCUCUCACUCCAAACUUCACUUGCCAGCAAAUUCCAUUAGCAAUCGACCAGACUUGUUACCCUGAAACUUAAGAACGACUUUCUGUAAAUGCAGGGCAGUUGCUGUGAGCCUAAUUGGAAAGGGCGGAUAGGGGUCUCAGCCCAGGCCCAGCCCAACCCAACCCAACCCAACCCCAACAGCCCAUGUUUAUGAAAUAGGCACACGCCCUCGGGUCUCGUCCGUCAUGUCAAGCCAGCCUCCACCCCACGUGGCCACGUCUCGAAGACUCCGGUAAAAAAGAAAAGAAAACUGAAUCCGUUAACCGCCCAAUUUCAAAUUGGCGCUCUCGGCUUUCCUUUGCUCUGCUUUCUCCUCUUCAAUAAAAUCCCAUUAGCAGCGAAGAAAUUCUUGCACUUCCAACCAAAAAGGAAAAGAUCGAGCACAGAAAUGGCGACUUCAGUUAUACUCUACCACCACCUCUCCAACGCCGCCACCAUUCUUAUCUCCAUCUUCUUCCUCUCCACCACCACUGUUUCUUCUCUCGAGUUCCAAGUCGGCGACAACAGCAGCAGCAGCGCCACCGGCUCCAACUCCUACUACGACCGAUGGGCUACACACAACAGGUUCCACGUCGGCGACUCACUCAAUUUCGUUUACGGCAGCAAAGAAUCCGACUCGGUGCUGCUAGUCAACUCCACCGCCUACUCCAACUGCACUGUUUCUGACCCAAUUCUCCGAUUGAACGGCGGCGGCGGCAGAGGAAAUGCCACAUUCCAGUUUGAUCGCCCGGGGCUGUUCUACUUCAUCAGCGGCCAGGCCGAGAACUGCCUUGCCGGCCAGAAGCUAGUGGUUCGGGUCAUGACAGACAAAGACAAGGACGAAGAAGGACAGCAUGAUUAUGGGCCGAGCCCGGCUCCAGGUGGGAACGACGGCGAUCUAGUCUGGGACUGGCCGCCGGCCGUGAAUUCAACCGUCAAGAUGACCAUCGCCUCUUACUUCAUCACUGCUCUCGCUGGCGUCCUAGUUAUCCUCUACUUGCUGAUGUAGUAGCAGUUACCUUACUACUAGCAAUUUGCUAACAGCUAAGUCAUUUUCACUAGAUUACUUGUUCAACUGCAUCCAGAUCCAAACUUGAACCAUCUGGAUUCAUUCAUAUGCUUAUAUCAUUAUCAGCAAACACCUAUAGAACCAACUUUCAAAUUUGCUUCCAGGCAGAGAUUACUACAGACAACUGCAUCAUAACUGCACAACUCUGGUUUCAACUGGAACUUGCAGUUAACAACACAAAAGUGCAUAAAAGAUUGGAACUUUG